CCGGCGGAGCAGGCAGGCAGGCGGGCAGGCGGGCCGGCGGGCGGGGUACCCACGGGGCCCGCUGCCGUCAGCGUCCCUUCCCGGCGGCCGCGACCCCUCCGCGCUGACCUCACCCGCGCCGCCGCCUCGCGCAGAUAUAAGCAGCGGCCCCGCGGCGAGGAGGGCAACCGGCGCCCCGGGUCCUACCAGCGCUCCACGACUCCUGACCCUCCGACCCCAGACCCCGAAUCUCCGGAUCGGAGCCCAGGAUCCCGGACCGACACCAAGAUGCCUGGCCCUUGGUUUCUGUUAGCCAUGGCUUUGACCUUGACCCUGAUGGGUGUCCCCGGAGGCCGUGCACAGGCGGAUGUGGCCCAGCAGGAGGCGAACCUGUCUGAGCAACAGGGCCUGGAAGACCUCCUGCGGCAGGCGGAGCGCCUCCUCCUCCUCCGGGAAGACCUCCAGCAACUACGAGACCAGGAUGACAGCGUAUCCGAGUCCCAGAUCUUUCAACCCGAUUGGUUCUCCAAGCGUCAGCAUCCUGGCAAAAGGGAGGAGGAGGCAGACGAGGGAGUGGAAGGAGAAGGGGAAGAAGGAGGGGCCGCGGGACUCCGCAAACGGCAGCACCCAGGCCGGAGGGACGACGUGGCGGCUUGGGCGGUGGACGCGGGUCAGCAGAAGCGGCAGCAUCCCGGCCGGCGCGCCUCCUGGCUUGGGUACGCUGUCGCCAAGAGGCAGCACCCAGGCAGACGACUGGUGGACUCCAAGGCCCAAAGGAGCUGGGAGGAGGCAGGGGAGGACGGAGACGAGGACGAGGAUGGACAGCUGUUGCCCGAGAAACGCCAGCAUCCCGGAAAGAGGGCCGUGGGGAGCCCGUGCGGACCCCGGGGACCCUGCGGCCAAGCCAGCCUUCUGCUGGGCCUGCUCAACGACCUGAGCCGGGGGCAGGGGGCUGAAGAGAAGCGGCAGCACCCUGGGCGGCGGGCAGCCUGGGCUGGUGAGCCCCUGGAGGACUGAGCCCCGUUGUGUGGAAACUCAGUCUGUGGUCCAGGAGCGUCUUGAGCCCUGUGCACCCUACUCCCUGUGACCCCCCUUUUCCCCUCCUCCUUAGAUGCCUGACCAUACUCCCGAGCCCCCCAGUUUACACACACGUCAA